AUCUGUUUCCCAUGUUAUGAAAUGGUUCACAACAGAAAGGCAGAAGAGACUUGCGUUCUGCCUGCGCUCAAACUGAGUGAGAUAAAUCCUCUUUUUUUGAUUGACUGCGUUGCCAUGACAACCCUGCAUCAGCUCCAAUGCGUCCAAUCAGGAGUCAGAUGCUGAGUCCCUCCCUGACUCCCAGGUGAGCUAAAGAGUCAGACUUCAGCAGAUUUCUGUCAGACCGCUACCGAGUCGCACUUCAACCUCUGGCUUCACUCGGUCACCCAGAUGGUGUUCAGAUCGCCGCUCGACUUUUUCUCAGUCUCCCGUAUCCUCCUGCCCCACUUCGCGGAUGGGCCACCUGUUUUGGCCCGCUCCCGGUCCCCGGAGGACCCACCUUCUGCCUGUCCUCCCCUGGCUCUCGCGGGGCUGUGUUUCUCUGCGGCGCAGAUCGCCAGCGUCUGCGAAACUCUGGAGGAGACCGGAGACAUCGAACGGCUGGCCCGCUUCCUCUGGUCUCUCCCGGUGACCGCAGACGGCCGCGACUCCAUCUCUGAGCACGAGUCCGUGCAGCGGGCCCGCGCCGUGGUGGCCUAUCACACGGGGAGUUUCCGCGAGCUUUAUCACAUCCUGGAGACGCACCGCUUUACGCGCGCCUCGCAUGGUAAACUGCAAGCAAUGUGGCUUGAAGCUCACUACCGGGAGGCAGAGAAGCUCCGGGGGCGGCCGCUCGGACCAGUUGACAAGUACCGCGUGAGGAAGAAGUUUCCGUUACCGAGGACCAUCUGGGACGGAGAACAGAAGACGCACUGCUUUAAAGAGCGCACUCGGGGAAUGUUAAGAGAGUGGUACCUGCAGGACCCGUAUCCGAACCCCGGGAAGAAACGGGAACUGGCGCACGCAACAGGACUCACACCGACCCAGGUUGGGAACUGGUUUAAAAACCGGAGACAGAGAGACCGGGCGGCAGCAGCCAAGAACAGCCUGCAGCACCACGGGAUGCGUCCAGGCGGCACACGUUCGCUCAGCGGAGGUGAAUGCAGUCCAGACGAAAGUGGAGAGCCUGCAGAUGGAGAAACGCUUCUCUCGGUAACGGACAGCGACUCUGACUUGGAUGUCUGAGACUUUUAAUCUAUAAAAACGAACCUCCGGGGGCCUGUGAUGCUGCAGCGUGGAUUACCAGAAAAAGGGCUGGUCAGGCUGUGCACAUCCUACUUAUCAUGCCAGCCCACCCAGCAGAUGAUGUAAACUCAGGUUACAUGAAGAUUUUUUAUUCUUUUGUUUCCUGAGAAUUUCGCAGAUUUAUGUUUAUUCUGCAGUUUUUCACUUAUCAGUGGCUGCAGAUCACACCCACCAUUUUCAUUUUUAAAAUUCAUCACCAGAUGUUGCACAUUUGAUGAUCCAGCAGACACCGUCAACCCCAUCAAGCAGACAUUAACUCCGCCCGUGGACCACUGUUGGACCAGGGACCCCCUCCCCCUGCGGGAGGAGCUCCUUUACAGACCGAAACCUGUCAUUUUCUCUAAUUGUGUAAUUUUUUUUUUACACUAGUUUCUUUAUACCCCUGGAUGUCCACUUCUGUAGACAAUCAUUAUGCACUGAAGCCUACCUCCCUGUCUGGCUGUUUGUGAACUUCUUUUAGUUUCUUUACCUUCACGCCUGUUUUAUUUAAAGUUCACAGAGUUCACUGUGCGUAUGUGUGAUGUACUUUAUUUUCAAUCUAAAUACAUGUUUUGGUAUUUUAUAU